GUACAAUAUUACUGGCAACAUUUUAUUGGAAGUAAAUUAUUUGACGUUCUAAAGCUUUCGUUUCCUAUUUUUGUAUAAUUCCCAUUCAUAAACAUUUUCAGCGCACGGUUGCAGAUUCUUUGGUGAAUGCCAGGUUUCCUUGUAUAUUUUUAAAUCCUGUGAACAAUGCUGUUUCCAGAGGAUAAACAUCUUGCGAUACCACAAACAGACAAAGGCUUUAAAAGACUACAGGUUCCAUACACAUAUCAAGCGGAAAAGUUUCAUUUCAAGUAUAAAGAUUUUAGCAAACAAUUUGCAUACAUUUAUGCAUCUCGUUUGAAUGAAAUGGUCCAACUUCUGAAAGACCGGACCAUGCAAAAAUGGGGUGAUAAAUAUCCCCUCAAGCAAUUGGCCGAUCUAAAAGAGGAAAAUCCUGAACACUGCAUAAUCAUAGGAACUCUGUUCAAGCAUCAGGAACUUAAACCAAGUAUUCUGCGGGAGAUUUCCGAAGAGAACCAAUUAGCACCUCAACCGCCUCGAUCGCACUACACGGAUGAUGCCGAUAUUCUUAUUCUGGAAGACGCAUUGCAGCGUAUACGAUUGACAGGCAAAUUAGAUGUGCAUUCUGUCGUGACCGGUAUAGUCUGCGCUGUACUAGGUUACGAGGAUAGUGAUGGUCGAUUCCGAGUUGAGGAAUACCUUUUUUACGAAAGUGGACCGCAGAAAUCACUAAAGUCAUUGGAAUAUUCGCCGUUGAUUGUAUUUAUCUCCGGGUUGGAUCAGGGUUCGGCGAAUGAUUACUCCCUCCCAAUGGAACUACUUCAGCAAUGGAUUUUUGGGAACCUGGAAGGAUUCGAACAAAAUCGUGACUGGGAGGCAGCUAGUGUAGUGCGGGUAAUAAUUGCAGGAAAUUCCAUCAAAGCAUCGGUUAAUCCUAAGAACAAUCUACACGGUCGUCCAUCUACGAGCUCCAACGAUCUGGUGAAUGCAGUAAGAGCAGUAGACACCUUCGUGCACAAUUUAUCCCAAUCAGUGAACGUAGAUUUAAUGCCAGGUGAAUUCGAUCCUGCAAAUCACAUGCUACCGCAACAACCAAUGCAUCAAUGUAUGUUCCCGAAAGCAGCUGUAUACAAAAGCUUCCUGGGGGUUCCUAAUCCAUACGCUUGCGAGAUAGCUGGUCGUUCUAUUCUUGGAACAUCUGGUCAAAACGUGCAUGAUAUAUCGCGUUAUUCUAAGAUUGAUGAUCCGUUGGAAGCGCUUAAAUGCACUCUAGAGUGGAGUCACAUGGCACCAACCGCACCCGACACACUGCCUUGCUAUCCCUACUAUCAGCACGAUCCGUUCAUAAUCAGCGAAUGUCCACACGUGUAUUUUGCAGGUAAUACAACAGAAUUCCGAACAGAUUUAUGGAAGGGAUCCGGCGGUCAGGAAACGAGGCUAGUCUGCAUUCCAUCAUUCGCUGAAACGUGUACUGUAGCCGUAGUGAAUAUAAGAACUCUUGAUUGUCGCCCGAUCUGCUUCAAAGUGAACGACUCGGAUGAUAUGGAAGAAUGAUAAAUUAAUUGUAUACUACCUAUUCGUAACAACGUUUUCCAAUAUGUUACUAAUAAAAUAUGUCUAAAAUUUCU